AUACAACAGUAAUUUGCAUAAUUUGCAUACUUCCAUUUCUCCCCCCUCCUGUAAAUUCUACACUACACCAAUGCGCAUGUGCAGAGAAGGUGAACGACAGCAAACGUGCGAAAAUUCACGAUGCAUUGAGCAAGGAGUGAGAGAAAUCAUGGCUUUCAGGUUUUUGCGAACAACAAAGCUGUUGAAGACGUUUGCUGUUUCAUCUUUGAAUAAACGGAAUCUAAGUGAUGAUAUAUGGAAAUUAGGGAAGUUAAAUCAUGUCGCUAUUGCAGUUAAUAAUCUUGAAAGUGCGACAAAAUUUUAUAAAGAUGUGCUUGGAGCAACUGUCAGUGAAAGACAAGCCUUACCAGAGCAUGGCGUUUAUACGGUAUUUGUGGAGUUAGGGAACACAAAAAUUGAACUUCUGCAUCCACUGGGUGACCACAGCCCAAUUUCAUCAUUUCUACAAAACAAACAUGAUGGAGGAAUUCAUCAUAUUUGCAUUGAGGUGAGCGAUAUUGAUAAGGCUGUUGCUGAUCUAAAGUCGAAGAAUAUUCGACUGCUCAGUCCAGAGCCUAGGAUUGGUGCUCAUGGAAAACCAGUGAUGUUUUUACACCCAAAAGAUUGCGAUGGGGUCUUGGUUGAGUUGGAACAGGAGUAAUCAUAACAAUUAUGGAAAAAGUACUUCAAAACAAGGCUUGUCUUGGCUUGAAAUGGACGUCAACAAUGAUGAAAAAUGGCGUAAAUAUUGUUUUAAAAAUUCAGGGGUCGAAAGCUUAGAAAUAAAUACAUUUCAUGGUGAUACAAUCACAAGUAUGGAAUUUUCGUGUUUAUUUUGUUC